ACUCGCGAAUCACGACGCAGCGUAACCAGAACCUUAAUUUGCGUGGGGCCUCUUUAAGUACCGAGUCGCUUCCGGUAGCCUCGGCCCUACGGUGGGGUUUGCGUUCCCGGUGGUCGGCGUCCGUGCCUCGUGCUCGCCGCUAUGCCCGAGCCGGCAAAGUCCGCCCCCGCGCCCAAGAAGGGCUCGAAGAAGGCGGUCACCAAAGCCCAGAAGAAGGACGGCAAGAAGCGCAAGCGCAGCCGCAAGGAGAGUUACUCCAUCUACGUGUACAAGGUGCUCAAGCAGGUGCACCCCGACACCGGCAUCUCGUCCAAGGCCAUGGGCAUCAUGAACUCGUUCGUCAACGACAUCUUCGAGCGCAUCGCCGGCGAGGCCUCCCGCCUGGCGCAUUACAACAAGCGCUCGACCAUCACCUCCCGGGAGAUCCAGACGGCCGUGCGCCUGCUGCUGCCCGGCGAGCUGGCCAAGCACGCCGUGUCCGAGGGCACCAAGGCCGUCACCAAGUACACCAGCUCCAAGUGAGUCCCUGCCGGGACACGGCGCUCGCACGGGUCGCCGGCCGCUUGACUCCAAAGGCUCUUUUCAGGGCCACCCA